CGAGCUUGUUCUCCACUUCGAAUAACUAUAUAGCUGCAGCUGUAGCUGUGGCCGAACUCUCGUUUUCUGUUUCGACUACACUUUUCUUCCUCCAUAUCACUGAACCUACUCAGAAUUCCGGUUCUAAGGAUGGACGACGUGACAUAUGCCGGCAGCGGGAGGUCAAUCGACAUCGAGCUUGGAGGACAAGAAGAAGGUCAAUGCAAAGUUUCUGUGUGGACGAAGUUAGCUGGCGAGUAUUGGCGAAGGGGGAUACUGGCAGCUGCUGAAAGAAUAGCACAUUCUGCUAUUGAAUGGCAAAUGGGAGCGACAGCUUCCUCCCCUCCAAUAUACGCGCUUCUUGCGAAUAUCCAGAUAGCUCAUGCUCAAAAAGCCCCCAAAGUGGUGCUUUCAGAAGCUCAAUAUUACCGUGGUGUACUGGCUGAAAAACCUACUAAUGUCGUGGCACUUCUCGGCAAACACUCAAAACUAUUCCAACAAAUUCUUCAGCUCAACCCGCAGUGCAUCCCUGACCCACGGAUUGGUAUCGGACUGUGUCUAUGGGCAAUGGACCAUAAAUCGAAAGCGAAAGCGGCAAUGGCAGCGAAGCUUAGAAGUAAAUGGUCGGCACAGCUUCUGCUUGGACUGGAGUCCAUUAACGCAAGUAAGACCGAAAAUCUCAGUGAGAAAGAUCGCGCGCAGGCGUUCCUUGCUGGCACAAAAUUCAUAGAGAAGGCUUUCAAUGCCAAUCAGAAGAGUGCUGCCGCCGCCAAUGCGCUAUGUGAACUCUUCCUCAGGAAGGGCAGCUACAAACGAGCUCUCAAGCUUGCAGAGCGCACCAUUCAGUUCGCUGACACCCUCACACUGCUAACAGAGGGAAACCUCAGAGCUGCUCGGGUAUGGCCAGCCAAAACAUAUUUAGGUGCCAUCGGCAUGGCGCAAAUGCAGAUACAGAACGAUGAGACAGCUGCAGCGAUCCACACCCUCGAUCUUCUUCUGCAACCUCCAAAUCCUCAGCGUUCUGUUGAAGCGAUGGUUAUGCUCGCUUCCCUCCGCGCUCACCCCCGUCCAGGAGUGUCUAGCUCGGACUUCGCUCAAGAAAAAGCCAAAGCCCGUGAACUAUUCGACCGCGCUAUCAAAGCUCUCGAGCAGGACGACUCUCGUGCGUCCAAUGUCAGUUAUAUCAACGACGACUUGGAUAUGCAUGUCGAAAUUGCACGGCUUUGGCAAGAGGAGAGUCUUGACCGGACAACACGAGCCCUGAAGGAGGCGCUGAGGCUCAGUGAAGCAAACGAAAGGAUCGACCCACGGUUGCUCAAUAAUAUGGGUGCCCUCCAGCACUUGGAAGGCAAUGUAGCAGAGGCACGGGCAUUCUACGAAGACGCACUCACCAAAGCAGCUAGCUUGGGCCAGGAUGUUGCAGAAUCGAUGUCAAUAACGAUGUUAUACAAUCUAGCUCGGGUGUACGAAGACAGUGGGGACGUCGCAAUGGCGAAGGAAGCAUAUGAUAAGCUCCUAGCAAGACAUCCGGAAUAUGUCGACGCCAAGGUUCGACAAGCGCAGAUGCUAGCUGAUCUCAAUCAGUCAAACGAAGCUCACGAGCUCCUGAAACAAGCCAUGGCAUCGCAAAACAGCAACCUCAAUCUCCGCGCGUUCUAUACUUACUUCCUCAUCCAAAGCAAUUUCCCGAAACCAGCCAAAGAUUUCGUGUUUGCUACUCUCAAGGAUCACGACAAGCAUGAUGUCUAUUCAUUAUGCGCCGCCGGUUGGAUUCAAUAUCAUCAAAGCAGGGAAAGUCGAGACUCAACCCCGAAAGGCUUAGAAGAGCGGAGACGUGCUCUGCUAUUAGACCCGCUCUGUGCUGUUGCCGCUCAAGGACUUGCCAUCGUAACCGCGGAAGAUGCCACUCGGAAACGAAUGAGGAACGCACGAGACGCCCUCGACAUUUUUGCGAAGAUAAGGGAGUCCCUCGCCGACGGCAGCGUAUACCUGAACAUGGGACAUUGCUAUUAUGCUCGGGACGAGUUUGAUCGUGCUAUUGAAAGUUAUGAGACAGCAUCUGUACGAUUUUACAGUGGCCAUAAUGUUUCUGUGCUCUUGUGUCUGUGUCGAACGUGGUAUGCAAAGGCCAGCAAGGACCAAUCGUUUGUUGCUAUGAGCACGGCGCUGAAAUAUGCACAAAAGGCCCUCCACUUACAACCAAGCGACAAGGCCAUCUUAUACAAUAUCGCCAUGGUUCAGCAAAAAGCUGCAGAGCUACUCUUCGGCCUGAGCCCGUCGAAGCGUACACUUAAAGAUCUGGAGUGGGCGAUCCUACAGGCUGGGCAUGCACAACGAUUGUUUGCUUCUCUUGCCGCAGACUCUGCCUCAGUCGUGCCGUACAGUCGCGAUAUCGCCGAUCAACGUAGGAAAUACGGUGAAAGUAUGCUGAGAAGAGGGGACGAGCAUCUGGCGACACAGAAAGAGUUCGAAGCUGAAGCGCAGGCGAAACUUGACGCUGCUAGACAACGGAGACAAUUGGAGAGGGAGAAGCAGGAGGCUCUCGAGGUAAGUGCAUUCGUUCUUUUUCGUUCAACGAGAAAAAAUCGAAGAACUCCGUUUCAAAUGGAGAGUGACGAAGAGCGCGAACGUAAAUCCAAGCGAGCCGCUAAAAAGGUCAAGGUUGAAGGAGAGAGUGGAGAUGAAGGGGCCGAACCUAAGAAGAAGAAGAGGGGCGGAGGCAAACUCAAAAAAACCAUUGAUCAGGAUGUCGACAACGAGCAGCUCUUCAGCGAUGAGGAGGUCGACAGUAAACCAGCGAAGAAGCGCGUCCCGAAAAAACGAGUCGUCCGAGAUGAUGACGACCAGGAAGCUGUCGGAGGACCACGCAAAAAGCAAUAUAAAAGCAAGGAGAUUAUAUCUGAUACUGACGAUGAGGAUAUGUCAUGAUGCAGAGUCCUUGUAUUAUCACUGUUGCUUUCGUUUAAAUUGGCAUCUAUCGAACCCGCGGUACUUGGAGCUCGGGAUCGCUUCAUGUAAAUAUAUAUAUCUUGUACCAUACUAUUCCGAAGCGAUUAUUAUUAUGUAGCUCAGCUGCCAGCUAGAAAGGAGUACCAAGAAGUCGCUUAAUGUAGAUGUAGUACUUUCUUAUUGCCGUCGU